AUGACCAGUUGCGAGAAUAAUUCAUAUCCAAUUAUACAACAUGUACAGGACAGUUUUCCAGAACAAAGCCUGCCAGCAUCAAGACGAUAUUAUAAUGGAGAUGCAGAUAUUCUAUCGGUUAGGGAUCUAAUCAAGUAUGAUCAAGAUCGAAGAUUAUCACUGCCUGGAACUCUUAAGAAUAAAGAUCAAAAGAGAAAAAUAAAGGAAGACUUACUUCGGAAUAAUAAUGUCAAUAAAUCAAGCAUGAGCGAAGAGAAGUUUAAAUUGAGCAUGGAACAAAAAAUGAUGAAAUGGAAACCUACUGUGUCUAAUAAUUGUAGUAUUAACGGUUCUGUUAUGUACAUUGAAGGUACACAUCCUUAUCAAUUUGACACUCCUUUGGUAGAGUUAGAAACCUUGAACAGGAAAUCGUUGAGUGAGAGCUCUAAAAACAAUACAAAGAUGCAAAAGGACAAAAAGAAGAGAGGGUUUAGUAUCAGUGGGGCAACGGAUAUCACUGACACUACAUUUACCAAUACGACAAUACUUGCGAAUUCGAAUUCUGAAACAAGAACGAAAAUGAACAAUAACAUAUUUGAAUCACAUGAAUAUAGAACUAAUCAUAUUAAUGAUUUAGAGACACCUUAUGGAUUGGUGUAUAGUGAGAAUAAGAAGGAUAAAAAAAUAGAUAAAAGCAUAGAUAUGACAGAAUUGAAAAAUAUAUAUCAAAAUACAUAUGGAAUUAAAUUACCUGAAGAUUAUUUAGAGUCAUUAAAUUACUACCAUCGUAAUCAAAACAAUAUGCACACAAAUACAAAACAAAAUAACGUCAAGAAGAAAAAAGAAGAAAACAAUUGGUUCACUUCAUGUUUUUCGAAAACGUUUCCUAAUUGUUUGUGA